AUGGGUGACCUCCGAAGGGUCCAAAUCGUGGGAGAUGGAAACGUGAGAAUCGCUCUACUAAGUAUCAAAGAUCUUGGCGCUUACACGGCCGAACUUUUGGGACAACCGCGGACCCUGAACAGACAAGUCUAUAUAUACACUGAGGUUCUAACUAUGACCGAGAUAUGGAACACCAUGGCGGUUGUCAGCAAAGAGAGACCCAUUACGGAAUAUUUGUCUAUCCAACAACUCAGACUGAUCACCGAAUCAUAUUACCAAAGGGCAUUCGGCACCGGACAAGCCGACCGCACCACUGAUGAGAGGAAAUUUUUGACUGCCCGUGCGAUACACAUGUGGUGCGUGGAAGGAUUCAAUAGUCCGGAAGCGGCUGACUUCCUCGGUGUGCUGGACUUUUGGGACUUGUUUCCCGACUACCGCAAGCCAAACUAUGAUGUGUGGAAGCCAAUGAGCUUGAAGCGAUAUUUUGAAGAAAUCAUCGAUCCCUCUUUCAUCCGCUCGCUUUUAUCUGGUCCAGGACCGGGAGAUGAUAAUUCGCCUCCGCGAGAUCGGCAACGGGAGGGUCAGUCCUUCACCAUUUCGAGCGUCCGCACCAUUGCGAGCACCGAGGAUAUAAUUGUAUUGGAUUAA